CCUGCUGAUGUGUGAGGGAGCUGCCUCUGCUCAACGUCGAAUCGCGUACUCCCCCUUUCCUUCUGUGCAACAGACACUUUACACUCCCUUAAAGGCGCAGCCCUUUGGAAACACUACACAGUCUCGUCUAGGCUGCAUGGGAAGGAACAUGCAAUCAUUUCUUUCCUUCUUUUUUGCCUUUUAAACGCCAUAUUGCAGAAAUUCCGUAAAGCAGAAGAAGAUCUGUUCAAAAGUUGGAUUCCUUAGACUUGAAUACACCCAGAUGGCGUCCAAACUUUUAAGAGCUGUCAUCCUUGGGCCACCAGGAUCUGGAAAAGGGACAGUGUGCCAGCGAAUAGCAAAGAACUUUGGGCUUCAGCACCUUUCCAGUGGGGACUUCCUCAGGCAAAAUAUCAGAGCGAGUACUGAAGUUGGAGUCAUGGCCAAGAAAUACUUAGAGCAAGGUCUUCCUGUUCCGGAUAGUUUAAUCACCCGUGUCAUGCUUUUUGAGCUGGAAACAAUGAAAACCCAGCCUUGGCUGUUAGACGGUUUUCCACGCACUUUAGCCCAGGCAGAAGCUCUUGAUAAAAUAUGUGAUCUUGAUCUUGUGAUCAGUUUAAAUAUUCCAUUUGAGACACUUAAAGAUCGUCUGAAUACUCGCUGGAUUCAUCAACCCAGUGGAAGGGUCUACAAUCUGGAAUUCAACCCUCCCCAUGUGCAGGGAAUUGAUGAUAUAUCUGGGGAACCGCUGAUCCAACAAGAGCAUGAUAAGCCGGAUGCUGUUAUUUCAAGAUUACGCCAGUACAAAGAUGUGGCUAAACCAGUCAUUGAAUUAUACAAGAAUAAAGGGAUACUCCAUACCUUUUCAGGCACUGAAACAAACAGAAUUUGGCCAUAUAUUUACACACUGCUGAGUACAAAAAUCACACCAGUGCACCCAGAAGAUACCAGCCAGACCUUUUGUGCUGAGGAGCAUUAGAGCACUUGGUUAUUUCUUUGGCUUUUUGUCCAGUAUCCAUGUGGUGCUAUGCUCUUUCCAAAUGUAAAUGCUGUUAAGUUUAGCCGCUUUUUGCAUUCAUGUCUUGAAAAGUCUAAGGGUUUUUAAAUCAGUAUAUUGUUGUAGAAAUCUCUUUUUGUAAACUGAGGAACUCUCUUAGUCUAAUAUGGUUGAAGUUUUUUUUUUUUUUAAUAUAUAUAUAUAUUUGAUGUUAUUUUUAAAGGAAAUAUCUACUUACACUUACAGUUGUGAUCUUUAUUAUAUGUGAAUUUAUGAUAAAUGUAUUUUUGUGAAAAUGUAAAAAAAAGUUUAAAAAAACCUGAAAGUCCAAAGAAUGUUUGAGAUAAUGCAGUAUUCUUAAUGUGAUUUGUUAAGUAUAUAUUUUAUCUUGGUACUAAAUGUAUACACUGUCUGUUUCUGUGCUACAGAGAUGCCUAAUGGUGAAACCCAAAGGCAAAGGGUAAUUCAUUCAGUGUCAUUCAAUGUCAAGUCAUUCAGUGCUGGAAUUAGAAAUGAUAAGACCAAUGCAUGCAGGGUGGUGGCUGUUUAUACCAAAGACAUUUGGUGGAAUCCCAGUGUUAAUGUUCUUGGUCUUCUGCACCUAACUGCAGAGACUAUACUAGGAUGGCCACCCUGUAAACAUAUUUUUGUAUGUGCACACUUAAUUUAGUAUUGAAUCAGACCUAAUUACCACUGUGCAUGCAAAGGACCCUUUUUGCUUACAUGGACUUCAAUAAAUUAGAGAAAAUGCUGUGUUAAACUACAACUUCCAGAAUCCCAACUGCUAUUAGAGGAUGCUGGGAGCUGUGGGUCAACAACUUUUAGAUGACUGAAGACUGACCCUUCUUGCCUUAAAAUGUAAUAUUAAAAUAUUAAGGAGAAAUAUAGGUCAUGCAGCCAGUGGCAUGGAGUGAGUUACAAUUAUAGCUGAAACUUAUGAGGGAUAAAUUAAGUGUACAGGGGUAAGUUAUCACUCGCAUUGCAGGAUACAAUACACAAAGAACAGAUACAAGCAACCAUGUUUUUUGUACUUUGCACCCUACCCUGUGGCCUGCCCCUUGCAUUAUAUGCACCCUACCCUGUGCACAUAAUGGAGCACAAAGACCUGUGCUUUCUGCAUGAAUACAGACUUGUCUGCAUUUGGAAGUUCUGUACUCAUGAAUGGUGGGCAGGGAGAGUCAUUUAGGUGUCCCUCUACCCUCCAUCUACUCAUUCCCUAAUUUUAGAUUUGCCAUGAUGUGCAUAGUGCAGCAAGACCCCAGGAAAAAGCACUUUUUAAAUAAGUAGUAAGGGGCAAGAUUUUCACCCCUUAAUACUCUAGCACUUACAUCUGGGGUCGUGGUUAAAUUACACCUCGUAUAUGGCUGUACAUAUCAGUAAUGCCAAGUGUUGCUUGGUUCCAUGGCAAAAUCAUUUUAGGUAUUUAUGUUUUUAAAAACCUUGGGAAGGUGAUCAGUUUUUUGCUUGUGUAUUAUAAUAAUGCAUCAGUCAGGAUUGGUAGUAUUGGGCCCCCAGCAGUUGCUGUGUCUGCUGACUCUGUUGUCAGGGCUCUGGCUAGAUGGUUGAUAAUUGUAGUUUUGAAGUUGAUGAAACACCAAAGGUUGCCUAAUAUACUUGACAAUACCAAUAGAUUUAUUAUUUUUUCAAAAAUUCUGAUUGCAACAUAUUUGUAAAUUAGAAUAUGCUGAUAAGUAGCUAAACAGUUUUUAUGGUAGUAGUCAUAUAUUACUUUUGGUAUUAAUCAGCUUACUCAUGCAUCUGCUCUAGAGACUCAUCUAUGUGUUGUGUGUCUGUAUAUCUACCUGCAUAUGUCUACCUGCUUAUUCAUGUAAUCUGGAAAUUGAUGUGGCCUGUAGAAUCUGUUCACCUUCCAUUUAUAUCCAUAUUUCUAUCUUCCUCUCUAUUUUUUAGCAAGAAACAAGGAUUGUCACUUCUAGAUAUGUGUUCAAAGACUGUGUUUUAGAUUGCUUGUACCUGGAAGCAGCUGCAGAAUUUUUAAUACAUGUACAUUACAACAUUGGUUUUUUUUUUUUGCAUUUGGAUUGUAAAAAUCUGACUGUAAAUCCCAUUUAAAGCAGUUCAUAUAAACUAUAUUUCAACCAUAGAGGCUGGUAUGUAAGGCCUGCUAGGGCUAUAGGGCCCUAUUGAAGAUAAAAAGGAAUCAGAUGUAAUUAAAUUGAGUAUAUGAUUAACAAGUAUUCUUUUUAAAUGUAACUAUAAUACUCUCCUCUUUGGUAAUAGUGGUUAUUUAAAGGGGUCGUAUGGCUAAUUCUCAAAUUAUAUACUGUAACUGCCUUGAUUAAAAUGUUGGGCUGGGGCUGUUAUGUACAUAGGGUUGCAAGAAAUUAAUACCAAAGGCUGGUUGUGCUACUGUUCUGGUUGCUUGAAACAAAAUCACUUUUGAAAAAUUAUCUCCCAAAAAUGGUGAUUAUUGGUUUUAUGUGGCUAGAAGAGCUUUACAGUAUAUCAUUAAUUGUGAAUAAGGUGAUGCAACCUUAAUCAGAAUGUGCUAAUUUAAUUCCAAUUGCUCUGUUAUCUUAAGAAUGUGCUAAAAAAUAAUGGCCAGUGGCUAGAAGUGAUAUUAAGGUAGUAUAGAAACCUACUUGCUGAAUUUUGGUCAUGAAAUAACCCAGUGGUAAAAACCGUGGCAAUUAUAUAAUUAAUAAUAUAUAAACAUCAGCUUAGUACUGGCAAGAUAUACACCAAAGCCCUGAAAAAGGUGAUUUCCACAGUCUCCCUUAAUCUUUCCUUUCAAAAUUGCAAAUAAUCUCAACAGAAAAAAGGCUAUAAUUCUACUUAACAAUAAUCUCACCUCAGGCUAACUGAUAAUUCUGAAGAUAAACCUAAAAACAAUUUCUGUAUAGAAAUAUACUAUGCAAGACUAAGGAAACCAAAUAACCUGGUAACGUCUAUAUUUUUUUCUGGAAAAUUAAUUUAAGAGCAAAUGAAACUGCAACAUUUGUAAAUAGUUGACAUUAGAAUGACAAAAGUGCCAUCUUCCACAAAAUUAACCUGUAGUAAUAAUUGUAUGUAUGUGAACAUAAUAGCAGAAGGCAAAUUUAAUAAAAUAUUUUGAUACCUAUAUAUGUGACAUUUAUACCAAAAAAUAUUAAUUGUACUAAUGAACUUUAUCUAGCUAGCUGUGAAUGAGCUUAAUUAAGGAACAUUUAGGGCAGCUUUAGAACUGUAAGAUAGUAACAGUAACUGUGCAGGUGCCUGUUUUGAUAAAUCAGAAGUUUUUAUACCAUGAAAUCCCUGUACUAUUUUGCCUGUACUUUACUCCUUUUAGCUUAACUAUCUUCAGUUUCUGCUGUCAUUAUUCAUUUAUAGUUCAAUAAUAGGGUAUACAUAGUAGCCAGUGGUUCCUUAUUUUAGGGACAGUCUUUGGCAUUUAAACUGCCCAACUGCCCAGAAGUAAUAUAAUCUAAUUAAAAAAAUCUAUUCUCAGUGUUUUAAUGUUAUUACUUUUUUUAAAUGUGUUGCUAUCACUAAACUGUAUUAUUAUAAUACCUGACAAAAUGGAUGGUGGCCACAUUGUCCAUUUUCAGUGUUGUUUUCAUAAGCCACAAAGGUAGAAAAACAAUCUGUCACUGAAUAUUGUUUUCAGUUUCCAACUAUGUAAAUGCUAUUACACUUUAAAAAGAUACAGCUUCUGUAGCCAUUCCCCUAUACUAUAACAGUCUAUGCAAAUGCACUACAGAAUAUUGUCAGCAGCACUAAUUUUUGAAUGCCUAAACUGGCACCUUCAUAUUAAUUAUGCCCUGAAUGGCGAGAAAAUCUGAGGUGGUAGCAAGAAGAAAGCUUGGAUGGGGGGGGGGUCCAAAUAUCAGCAGUUCAGGAUGGAAUGGGGCUAAGAAAUAAAUGGGCAAGAUGGUUAAAAUGUACUUCCCUUCUCUAUUAUACUUCAUUAUACACUUGUGUGAGCAAAAUACUUGUCUUUCUGUCUAUAUAUACUUGUUAAUAAGCUAUGUUCUCAUAUUGUACUUGUUUAUCAUACAGCAAACAAAAAUUAAACAAAACAACUUCAUCUCUGCAUAUUUAACCACAGGCUAAAUUACUGUAGAAGUGCUUGCUGUCUUAAAGAGUUGUCCUGCCAGCUUUCUGGUCUGGAGCGAUACAAGCACUUCAGUAGCUAUACAGCUGAAAGUGGUCACCCUUGCUUUCCAUAAUAAACUUGAAUCCCUAUUUUUAUACAAUAUUAAUGAUGCUACUGUUUUUUUUUUUUUUUGUAAAUGCUUUGUGUAGAAAUGUCAACUGCAGGAUUAUAAAAGCUUAUAUGAA